AUGCGAGGUUCAGUGACAGGCUGCAGAAUGAGCGUGGGGGCACUGCUCAAUGGGCUUCUGGUCUCUGUGGUUGCUGCUCUGCUUUGGAAGUAUUCUGUGCUGAGUGAGCAUGCUGCCUUGCUGGAAGAGGAGCUCCACUUGACUAGGCAGUCUCAAGAGCUUUCCCAGGCCCGCAUUGACUAUCAUGCAGCCCUGCUGAGUCUCCAAGAGCAUGGCACCCGCAUGGUUUGCACCGGCAAGAUGCACACCGACCGCAUCUGCCGCUUUGACUAUCUCUGCUACUGCUCCGAAGCAGAGGAAUUCGUGUUCUUCCAUUCCAAUUCCUCUGUUAUGUUGCCUAACUUGGGUCCCAGGCGUUUCCAGCCAGCCCUACUGGACUUGUCCUCAGUGGAGGACCACAAUACACAGUACUUUAACUUUUUAGAGCUCCCUGCCGCUGCUCUUAAGUUCAUGCCCAAGCCAGUGUUUGUACCGGAUGUCACGCUGAUUUUAAACCGCUUUAACCCGGACAACCUGAUGCAUGUGUUCCAUGAUGACCUGCUCCCUGUGUUUUAUACUAUGAAGCAGUAUUCAGACUUGGAUGAUGAGGCCCGUUUAGUCUUCAUGGAGGGCUGGGGUGAGGGCCCACACUUUGACCUCUACCGGCUCCUCAGCAGCAAACAGCCGCUGCUCAAAGAACAACUUCGAAACUUUGGCAAGCUAAUGUGCUUUACCAAGUCAUAUGUUGGCCUUUCUAAAAUGACCACCUGGUACCAGUAUGGCUUUGUCCAGCCACAGGGACCCAAAGCCAACAUUCUGGUCUCAGGGAAUGAGAUCCGGCAGUUCACUAAGGCCAUCAUGGAGAAGAUGAACAUAACAAGGGUAGAAGAUUCAGAGAAAGAUGGAGGGAGUGCCGAAGAUGAAAAGGGGAAAGAGAAGAAGGAUGAAUACAUUGUUGUAUUCAGCCGUUCAACAACUAGACUGAUUCUGAAUGAACCUGAGCUGAUCAUGGCACUGGCCCAGGAGUUUCAGAUGAGAGUGAUUACAGUGUCCCUGGAGGAACAAUCUUUCCCAAGUAUUGUUCAGGUUAUCAGCGGGGCCUCCAUGUUGGUGAGUAUGCAUGGAGCACAGCUUGUCACCUCACUCUUCCUUCCUCGGGGAGCUGCCGUGGUGGAGCUGUUCCCCUACACUGUGAACCCAGAACAGUACACGCCUUAUAAAACCCUCGCCUCCUUGCCAGGCAUGGACCUUCAGUAUGUUUCUUGGAGGAACACAAAGGAAGAGAACACUGUCACUCACCCAGACAGACCCUGGGACCAAGGGGGAAUUGCCCACUUGGAAAAGGAUGAGCGAGAGCGUAUACUGGCCAGCAAGGAGGUCCCCAGACAUCUAUGCUGCCGCAACCCGGAAUGGCUCUUCCGAAUCUACCAGGAUACAUUAGUGGAUAUCCCGUCAUUUCUGGAGGUCCUUAAAGAGGGCAUAAAGGUCAGACCCAGCUUGAAGAAGUCCAAACCUACCAGUGCAGUUCACCCGGGCCGGGUCAGAGAACCCCAGUGCCAGACUUCAGUCCAAGCCACCAAUGAGGCAAAACUUACCGUCUCUUGGCAGAUCCCAUGGAAUCUGAAAUACCUGAAGGUGAGAGAAGUGAAGUAUGAGGUUUGGAUCCAGGAGCAGGGAGAGAACACCUAUAUGCCUUAUAUCCUUCCCCAGCAGAACUACACUUUCUCAGAGAACAUCAAACCCUUUACCACCUAUCUGGUCUGGGUGAGGUGUAUCUUUAACAAGAACCUCCUUGGACCUUUUGCUGAUGUUCUCAUGUGCAGGACCUAG